GCGAUCGCAACCAAGUUCAAGGAAGCGAGGUUCGGUAACCGUGUACCGAACCCUCCAUCUCUCCGGCUGUUGUUCCUGCUUGACGAUGAGAAUUUGCCUGUUGAGCGCAACAUCUUCGACUCGUCCCCCGCGCAUGAAUUGUUUGAGGAGCUGAGCCACAAGGCGAAUUUCUUCGUCGCUCGCAAGCUCCUCGCUGCCAUGCCGGAGAAGGCAUUGCUUCGUCGCCAAGCUACGCCCAUCCCUCGUCGUUUCCAGACCUUCGUCGAGAGGAUGAACAGGCUUGGUUACGAGAUCGAUCCCACUAGCAGCGGAACUCUGCAGUGCAGUCUCUUCAAGGUGGAGGAUGCUGAUCUUCGCAAGGGUAUGGAAACCCUUUUGAUCAAGUCCAUGCAACGUGCCAAGUACUACGUGGCUGGUAAUGUGCCGGAGGACCAGCGCCAGCAUUAUGCACUGAACCUCCCGAUCUAUACUCACUUCACUAGCCCCUCGCGACGCUAUGCGGACAUCAUCGUUCAUCGCCAACUCGAGGCUAUUCUGUCAAAUGGGGCCGUCGAGUUCACUGAAGAUGUCGAAGCGCUUCAGAAGACAGCGGAUCAAUGUAACAACAAGAAAGACUCCGCCCACAACGCUCAAGAGCAGAGUGUGCACAUUGAGGCGUGCCGCACGAUGGACAAGAAGAGGCAGGAGAUUGGCGGUGACCUUAUCAGCGAGGGAGUUGUUAUCUGUGUGUACGAGUCCGCUUUUGACGUUCUCAUUCCCGAAUACGGCUUCGAGAAGCGUGUCCACUGUGACCAGCUGCCACUGAAGAAAGCCGAGUUCCGCAAGGAAGAGCGCGUUCUUGAGCUGUACUGGGAGAAAGGCGUGCCGUCGUCGGCCUAUAUUCCCGAGGAUGAGCGUCCAAAGGCAACCAACACCCGUGCCGCUCUGGCCGCCGCGGAGGCCGAGGCCGCCAGAGAGCGUAGAGAGAGGGAGGAAGCCCAGCGCAAGCAGACGGAAACGGGCACCAUGUCGACCGACGAUGUGGAUGCUCUUUUCGAUGAUGAUGACGACAUUUCUGAGGUCACCGAGAUGGCGGCUGGCGUUUCUCUGAACUCCUCCGUGGACCGUCCGACCCAGAGCAUGCCUCCAUCGCCGACCCGGAAUGGUCCCGUUGAACCCGAACAAACUCCUCACCGCACUCGCUCGGACCCGAAGCUUGCCAUCAGCGCCAGUGAAACUCCUGAGGCCAAAUUGACGAACAAAGAGAAGUAUCUGAAAUUGUUCAAGCUUCGCGAAGAGGAUGGGGAAUACAUUCAGGAUGUGACCGAGAUGACUCGUGUGCCGAUCAUUCUGAAGACUGAUCUAACCAAGAGCCCUCCAUGCUUGACCAUUCGGUCCGUGAACCCCUACGCCUUGUGA